AUGGGUUCCGUGCUGCUCCCACAUUUGCCCUCUGGUUGGCACGUGGACCAGGCCAUCGUCUCAGAGGAAGAACGAGUCGUCGUCAUCCGCUUCGGGCGCGAUCACGACCCGGACUGCAUGCGGCAGGACGAGGCGCUGUUCAAGAUCGCGGAGCGCGUCAAGAACUUCGCCGUCAUCUACCUGUGCGACAUCGACCAGGUGCCCGACUUCAACGCCAUGUACGAGCUGUACGACCCGUGCUCCAUCAUGUUCUUCUUCCGCAAUAAACACAUCAUGUGCGAUUUCGGCACGGGUAACAACAACAAGCUGAACUGGGUGCUUGAGGACAAGCAGGAGCUCAUAGACAUCGUCGAGACGGUGUAUCGCGGCGCCAAGAAGGGUCGCGGUUUGGUGGUGAGCCCGAAGGAUUACAGCACGAGGCACAAGUAUUGA